AUGCCCGAGCAGAUCAGGCGCAAGCAGAUCAGGCCCGAACAGAUCAGGUCUAAGCAGUUCAGGCGCAAGCAGAUCAGGCCCGAACAGAUCAGGUCUAAGCAGUUCAGGCCCGAGCAGAUCAGGUCCAAGGAGAUCAGGCCCAAGCAGAUCAGGCCCGAGCAGAUCAGGCCCGAGCAGAUCAGGCCCGAGCAGAUCAGGCCCGAGCAGAUCAGGCCCGAGCAGAACAGGCCCAAGCAGAUCAGACCCGAGCAGAUCAGGCCCGAGCAGAUCAGGCCCAAGCAGAUCAGGCCCAAGCAGAUCAGGCCCGAGCAGAUCAGGCCUAAGCAGAUCAGGCCCGACAAGGACAGGCCCGACAAGGACGGGCCCGACAAGGACAUGCCCGAGCAGAUCAGGCGCAAGCAGAUCAGGCCCGAACAGAUCAGGUCUAAGCAGUUCAGGCCCGAGCAGAUCAGGCCCGAGCAGAUCAGGCGCAAGCAGAUCAGGCCCGAACAGAUCAGGUCUAAGCAGUUCAGGCCCGAGCAGAUCAGGUCCAAGGAGAUCAGGCCCAAGCAGAUCAGGCCCGAGCAGAUCAGGCCCGAACAGAUCAGGUCUAAGCAGUUCAGGCCCGAGCAGAUCAGGUCCAAGGAGAUCAGGCCCAAGCAGAUCAGGCCCGAGCAGAUCAGGCCCGAACAGAUCAGGUCUAAGCAGUUCAGGCCCGAGCAGAUCAGGUCCAAGGAGAUCAGGCCCAAGCAGAUCAGGCCCGAGCAGAUCAGGCCCGACAAGGACAGGCCCGACAAGGACGGGCCCGACAAGGACAUGCCCGAGCAGAUCAGGCGCAAGCAGAUCAGGCCCGAACAGAUCAGGUCUAAGCAGUUCAGGCGCAAGCAGAUCAGGCCCGAACAGAUCAGGUCUAAGCAGUUCAGGCCCGAGCAGAUCAGGUCCAAGGAGAUCAGGCCCAAGCAGAUCAGGCCCGAGCAGAUCAGGCCCGAGCAGAUCAGGCCCGAGCAGAUCAGGCCCGAGCAGAUCAGGCCCGAGCAGAACAGGCCCAAGCAGAUCAGACCCGAGCAGAUCAGGCCCGAGCAGAUCAGGCCCAAGCAGAUCAGGCCCAAGCAGAUCAGGCCCGAGCAGAUCAGGCCUAAGCAGAUCAGGCCCGACAAGGACAGGCCCGACAAGGACGGGCCCGACAAGGACAUGCCCGAGCAGAUCAGGCGCAAGCAGAUCAGGCCCGAACAGAUCAGGUCUAAGCAGUUCAGGCCCGAGCAGAUCAGGUCCAAGGAGAUCAGGCCCAAGCAGAUCAGGCCCGAGCAGAUCAGGCCCGAGCAAAUCAGGCCCGAGCAGAUCACGCCCGAGCAGAUCAGGCCCAAGCAGAUUAGGCCUAAGCAGAUCAGGCCCGAGAAGAUCAGGCCCGAGCAGAUCAGGCCCAAGCACAUCAGGCCCGAGCAGAUCAGGCCCGAGCAGAUCAGGCCCAAGGCGAUCAGGCCCAAGGCGAUCAGGCCCAAGCAGAUCAGGCCCAAGCAGAUCAGGCCCAAGCAGAUCAGGCCCGAGCAGAUAAUAAUAAAUUAG